AAAGUUGCUGGGGCCCACUGCAGUCGGGAACGGCGACGACCCUUUUUCCUUCCUUUUAUAAGCUUUCCCCUUUCUGUUAACGCCGCAACAAACCAACAGAAUCAGAAAGUCUCAGUCAUUUGGAAAGCGACGAAUCAACCAGCCAGAAAGGAAGCCAUCGCCAUUUCCCCUCUCUUCUUCUUCUUCUUCUUCUUCUUCUUCUUCUUCUUCCUCUGUUCUCUCCGCUUCGGAAGAUCGAAAUUCUUCGGCGGGAAGCCUAUUCAGAGAAGUUCUUGCUACCAUGCUGACUACCGCUGUUCCCAUUCACGCGCCGCCGGUGCUCUUGGCCUCUCCAGCCUCCUCCAGAAGCAUUCGCAAGCUCUCCACUAUCACCGCUUCUUGGAGAAUGUCGAUGAAUUCUGGGUCUUUCCAGACCAAGAAGAGGGAAGAGCUUUCUUUUCACGUAGAUCACCCUGCAGCUUUUGAUCCAAAAGGGGAUGACACGCCCAAGCUGCCUGAUCUGCGCUUUGAUCGCCUGCAGUUACCCGAGGAGGAUUUGGUGAACAUUAGCAAGAUGGAGUUCGGGCAAUUCGUUGCUAGAGGAGCUUUAAUUGAUGAAGAAUUCUGGACAGCAGCCUGGCUGCGAGCAGAAAGCCACUGGGAGAAUCGAGAUAAAGACAGGUUUUCUCAGAGUCUGAAGAUGAAAUAUGCGAAUGAGGAGUUCAAGGCCAUUAGAAACCGAUUAAUUGGUCCAGUUGGCCAACAACCUAAGUGCAUAAUCACACUGAGAAAGCAAGGUGGGAUGGUGAAACCCACAGUACUGAAGAGUGUGGUUGGGACUCUAGACUUGAGCAUCCGCCGGUUUUUUCCUGGAGAGAUCUUCCCUGGGGUUAUUGGAAGGGAUGCUCAGUCUCACUUCCGCGACAUCCACGGAGGAUGGGAUGACAGAUACGGUUACGUCUCCAACUUGGUGGUCGCGAAGUUUGCUCGUCGUCAUGGGAUAGCGACUAACAUGAUGCGGUUUGCAAUUGAAACGGCCAAGUCUUAUGGUGUGAAACUUUUGUACGUUCAUGUGGAUAGAAACAACAAACCUGCACUGCAGCUCUUUGAGAAGAUGGGAUUUGAGAUGAUUGAACAGGCAAGUGAAGGGCUGGUGGAAGACAACACUUACCUCCUACGUUGCAGUUUGUAAAGAUGAUUACAGAUUUGGUGAUACAGGAAAGGUGUUCAGUGUACAGAGCAGAGAACCAGCACCGCAUAGGCCAGAGUUUAUUACUAGUUUUGACAGGAGUUUGAUCUGACAAUAUGUGUACAGCCUUAGAUUUGGAAAUUCAGCACCAACCUCCGCGCGCGCAAGCAUAGGCCAGAGUUUAUUACCAGUUUUGAGAGCGAAGCAUACUGAUACCAUGUAUCGAUCUAUUACAGUUUCAGAACAGCAUUUCGUAAAUAUAGCUGUUGUUCUUUACUUGCUUGCUACAGUGGCUUCAGUUUUGUACAAAUACAUGCUGUCUCAUUCGUCUUAAAAAAGAACCCCAUAUCACUAAAGGGUUCAUAAAGCUCCAAUCUCCUUCAUUAAUAGUAUUUGGUAAUGUGGACAAAAUAAAUUUGGGUCGUCUAGUCUGUUGAAAUUCUGUGAAAUAAAACUUUGAUACUCAGUGGAUUGCAAUGCAGAGUAUCAAACCCAAUAGCAAUAGGGACUUGAUUCAUCCGAAUCAUUUUGAUAAUUCAAUAUUUAUCCUUAUAUAUGAGGGAUGGUUGUAAACAAAACCAACCCUUCGAUGUCUCCAAUAAGUAUAACCCUUCCAUUUAAUCAUGUGCCAUGAUAGUCUGGAUUUAUCUCUUUGCGACUGCUCACCUCCAAAGGAAAUCAAUUCCACUAUUCAACCCUAACCCUCAUCCCCAAAUACUUUUUGGCUCUCACAUGAAACAAUUUAGGUCGUUAUCUUGCUACAAUGUUAUUUAUAGAUGCAUAACCGAGAUAAUAGCACCUAAUUUGUCUAGAUUCCAACCUAACAACAUAAGUAACAUUCAAUGGCCUCCACUCCUCUUUUUUUGUCUAGUUUGAUUGGGGUUGGUCUGGUCUAUUUGGAAUAAGAGAAACAAUAGAAUCUUUAGAGAAUGUGACAUUUCAGAGGUUACACUUAUGUACAAAAUUGUUCAUUGAGUCGGGGGUUGAGGCUUAGAGCUUUUGGUAAGUGUACAGUCAGCGAGUAUGGUGAUUGGGUUAGGAAAUUUAGCUCGCGAGAGAGUUGAGGUUCAUAUCACUAUUGGUUUGGUAUCGUACCUCCUAAUCUUCUUAGACAGUGGCGGACCCAGAAAUUUUUCAUAGGGGUGCCCAAUACAAAACUCGUGGUAGUAACAUUGGGAAACGAUUGUGGAGAACAACUUAGGAUUCCGCCGGCAAUAUUUCAAGAUGGGCUGCAAAAUGGUGGGCAAAUGUGAUGAUUUGUGUUCAAGUUAGGAUACCCAUGUGUUUGGGUUCAAUUGUGAUAUCAUUCUCAACAAAAAGGAAAAAAUUACACUAAAGAGGGUGAAACUCGGUCCAGAUACAAAACUCGUGGUAGCGGUAGCGGCUUGGGAAACGAUGAUGGGGAACAACUUAGGAUUCCGCCGACAGUAUUUCGAGAUGGGCUGCAAAAUUAUGGACAAAGGCGAUGAUAUAUGUUCAAGAUAGGAUACCCAUGUGUUUGGGUUACUCAACAAAAAGGAAGAAAAGAAAGAGAGAGAAAAACAUUGAAGAGGAUGAAACUCGGACUCGAUAAAAACUAGUAGUAGCAGCUUUAGAAAACGAUGGUGGGGAACAAAUUAGGAUCCCGCCGACAGUAUUUCGAGAUGACCUCAGACGAAAACCCAGCGAACAAUAACUAAACACAAAGGCGAUGAUUUGUGCAAAAAGCCAUAGACGAAAACCUAGCAAACAAUAACUAAACACAAAGGUUGUAGAAUGGAGAGUGGGAUAAAAGAAGGAUUUGGAACUUCCCCACUUGCACUUGGAGGAGUGUGAGAGCCACUAAUAAUUAGUAACUCAAACUUAGGCUUUUAUAUAUUAAUUAAUUAAUUAAAGGCGAUGAUUAGUGCAAAAAGCCAUAGACGAAAACCUAACAAACAAUAACUAAACACAAAGGUUGUAGAAUGGAGAGUGGGAUAAAAGAAGGACUUGGAA